AUGAAGAGCAGGAAGGGCUACGGGCACCAGGGCCACCUGCUGAGCCCGGUGGGCAGCCCGCCGUCGGACAACGAGUCCGGCGCCGCGGCAGCGGCGGCCACGGCCGGCGGCGGCAGGUGCGGGAGCAGCGUGGGGUACUGCGGCGGCGGCGGCGAGUCGCCCGCCAAGGAGCAGGACCGGUUCCUGCCGAUCGCCAACGUGUCGCGCAUCAUGAAGCGGUCCCUUCCCGCGAACGCCAAGAUCUCCAAGGAGGCCAAGGAGACGGUGCAGGAGUGCGUGUCCGAGUUCAUCAGCUUCGUCACCGGGGAGGCCUCCGACAAGUGCCAGCGCGAGAAGCGCAAGACCAUCAACGGCGACGACCUGCUCUGGGCCAUGACCACGCUCGGCUUCGAGGCCUACGUCGCCCCGCUCAAGUCCUACCUCAACCGCUACCGCGAGGCCGAGGGCGAGAAGGCCGCCGUGCUCGGUGGUGGUGGCGGUGGCGGCGCGUGCCACGGCGACGGCGUGGCGGACGACGGCCCGCUCGCCGCGGGCCGCGUCAUCGCGCCGCCGUCCGGGGGCGGCGCCGGUGACCGCGCGGGCCACGACGGCGCCGCCGAUGCCGACGCGCACGUCGGGCUCAUGAUGGGAGCAGGCAGCGUCGUCGGGUUCGGCGCGGGCGGCGCGGCGGCGGCGUCGUACUACACGGCAGCACGGAAGUCGUAUGGCGCGGGGGAAGCGUCCAAGGUGAUGGAGUUCGAAGGCAUCGGCGGCGAGGAGGAGAACGGCGGCGUGCAGAGGGGGAGAGGGUUUGCCAACCACCUCCACGGCGCCGUGCAAUGGUGA